GGAGGAAAUGAGGCGCUGACAGUUCCGUGCGCUAGUGCCAUAGGCUCUCACAGCUCGGGAUUUCAUUAUUUCAGGGAGCGAGCAGAUUAGGUGAGAGCGAGAAUUUAAAGAGACAAAGAUGGGGAAGAAAGGGAAAAAAGAGAAAAAGGUGAAAGGCGCAGAGAAAACAGCUGCCAAGAUGGAAAAGAAAGUGUCUAAAAGGUCCAAAAAAGAUGAGGAGGAUUUGGAAGCUCUCAUAGCUGAAUUUCAAACACUUGAUGCUAAGAAGACCCAGAUUAUAGAAACCAUCUGUCCUCCACCUUCCCCAAGGUUAAAUGGAUCCCUCAGCCCACACCCAGAAAAAGAUGAGUUGAUUCUCUUUGGAGGUGAAUAUUUCAAUGGACAAAAAACUUUUCUCUACAAUGAGCUGUACAUAUAUAACAUCAAAAAGAAUGCAUGGAGCAAGAUAGACAUUCCAAACCCUCCUCCACGAAGAUGUGCUCAUCAGGCUGUGGCUGUUCCACAGGGUGGAGGGCAACUUUGGAUUUUUGGAGGAGAGUUUGCAUCACCUGAUGGGGAGCAGUUUUACCACUAUAAGGAUCUGUGGGUUCUGCACCUUCAGACCAAGACUUGGGAAAAGAUCAAGGCAUCUGGUGGACCAUCUGGGAGAAGUGGCCAUCGCAUGACGUACUGCAAAAGGCAGCUGAUUGUUUUUGGAGGAUUUCAUGAGAGCACAAGGGACUACAUCUAUUAUAAUGACGUGUACACCUUUAAUCUUGACUCCUUCACAUGGGCUAAACUUUCACCCUCUGGAACUGCUCCACUGCCUCGAUCUGGAUGUCAGAUGAUCACCAAUCAGGAUGGAAGUGUGGUCAUUUAUGGAGGAUAUUCUAAGCAGAGAGUCAAGAAGGAUGUUGACAAAGGAACUAUACACACAGACAUGUUUCUGUUGAAGCAGGAAGGUACAGAUAAAUGGGUCUGGACUCGAUUAAAUCCUUCUGGAGUAAAGCCCACCCCUAGGACUGGUUUCUCUGGGACUUUGGGACCUAAUAACAGAAGUGUCAUGUUUGGAGGUGUUUUUGAUGAGGAAGAAGAGGAAAGCAUUGAAGGAGACUUUUUAAAUGACAUUUACAUGUAUGAUCUGGGGAAGAACCGUUGGUUUGCUGGUCAGAUAAAGGGACCGAAAACAGAAAGAAAGAAACGGCGGCGUGGAAAUAAGCAAUCUGAAACAGCAUCACCAUCAGAGAAUGGGGAGGUUGGCGCACAAAACCCACCAGGGCCUAUAGAAGUUAUAAAAGAAAUUAUUGCAGAAGAUGGGACAGUGAUGACAAUCAAACAAGUGAUAUCGGCCCCAUCAGCUUUGGAGAGUGAAGAGGAGGACUCUGUUGAGGAAGAAGAAGAAGAAGGAGCUAGAAGUCCAGCUGUGGAACCUUGUCCACGUUCCAAUACCAUGAUAGCUGUCAAACAAGGGGUUCUUUAUGCAUAUGGUGGGAUGUUUGAAGUUGGUGACCGUCAAUUUACACUAAAUGACCUGUACAGUCUUGACUUACAUAAAAUGGAAGAGUGGAAGGUCCUAGUGGAAAUAGAUCCAAAAGCACAAGAAUGGCUUGAUGAGUCAGAUUCUGAAGAUGAAGAGGCUGAGGGUGUAGAAGGAGGAGGAGAUGAGGAGGAGGAGGAGGAGGAAGAUAGUGAGGAAAGUGAUGAAGAUUCACACCCUCCAGUAGAGUCACAAGAGAAAUAUCCAGACUACUUGGCUCGGACUGAGGAAUACUGGAUUAAACUUGCUCGCACUAACAUGGGCCCUGACGCAAAGGAAAAGAAAGUUCUAAAAGUUGCACAGGCUAUGGCGAAGACAUUUUAUGAAUUAAAGGACUAGGGAGACUAAAACAACAUUCAGAACAUGAAUAAUUACUUAAUUUUGGCAUCAUGAUGUAGAUCGUGUAUGAUGUGUAAAUUGUGGACAAAUGUAAUAUAACCCUGAUGGCUUAAAGCAGUGAUGUUCUUAAAGGGCACAUUUCUUUUGAUGUAAAAUACAGGAAGGAGUAAAUAUAGGGCAAGACCAUUUUUUUAAUAUGGUAUGGGUACAUUUCCUUCUUAAAGACACAGCUUCUAACAAUACAGUCCUAUAUUGUACUGUUUCGAUGUUAGCCAUCUCUAAACCUGAAGGUUUAGCACAAUAAACAGCACUUCCCUUCUCUACUAGGGGUGUAAAACGAAAAAUCUAAAUUUAAAAUGUGUUUCCUGAUUGGCCAGCCCUGUCUCCUUUGUAACCGUUAGAAGGCAUUAUGGACAUAAUAUGUGUGAUUUUACGCUAGGAUUAUGGCAUAUAAAAUGGAAUAGAGAAACUGGUAGAACACUAAUUCAGACCAUAUAUCCAAUAUACAAUGCUUUUUCAUGGUCCUUUAGCUGUUUUUGUGAUUGUAUUUAAUCACAGCAGCAUCUGCUGGAACAGGAUUAGCACAUUCGUCUUCCUAUUUACUCAUAAAAUCUCAAUGGCAUUUGGGUGAAAUAAUCUGAUAGAAAGAUAAUAUCUAAUCAUUAGGAUGUUCCGGAUCUGUUUGCAUGUUUCUAUGCAUAGUUUCUUUGAUAGUAGCUCAUAAUAAAUGUACGUGUUUAUAAGUAACAAAUACUGUACAACCCAGCCUUAAACAUCUUGCCUUGUUACUGCCUCUGCUCUACACCAUAGCGUUCAAUGGAGUUUGCCUUAUUCAUAUGGGCAGAGGUAGGCUGCAGGCAUUUCACUGGGGAUAUGUUAAGUAACGGUCUAGAGAAAGAAAGGUAGAAAUGUGAUUGUCAUUAUUUUCAGCAGUUCUCCUCUAACAGAAACAUUUGAACGCUCUUGUUAAACACAGCUGUUUGGAAUCAGUAUCUGCCAAAGUAAAAACAACUUAAUUGCU